UUACCCACAGGUUGGGAGGAAGCUUAUACUUUUGAAGGAGCAAGAUAUUAUGUAAAUCAUAAUGAACGGAAAGUAACCUGCAAACAUCCAGUAACGGGACAGCCAUCGCAGGACAACUGUAUUUUUGUUGUGAAUGAGCAGACUGCUGCAGCUAUGACAUCUGAAGAAAAGAAAGAGCGACCAGUAAGCAUGAUAUGUGAAGCUACUAACUAUAAUUUGACAUCAGAUUAUGCUGCUCAUCCCAUGAGCCCUGUGGGCAGAACAUCACGAUCUUCAAAGAAGGUUCAUAAUUUUGGGAAGAGAUCCAACUCAAUAAAGAGGAAUCCUAAUGCACCCGUUGUCAGGCGCGGCUGGCUCUACAAGCAGGACAGUACUGGAAUGAAGCUGUGGAAGAAGCGGUGGUUUGUGCUCUCAGAUCUGUGUCUCUUCUACUACAGAGAUGAGAAAGAAGAAGGAAUACUGGGUAGCAUACUUCUACCCAGUUUUCAGAUAUCUGUUCUUUCUCCUGAGGACCAUAUUAACCGCAAAUACGCCUUUAAGGCAGCUCAUCCAAACAUGAGGACCUAUUAUUUCUGCACAGAUACAGGGAAGGAAAUGGAGUUGUGGAUGAAAGCCAUGACAGAUGCAGCACUUGUGCAGACAGAGCCUGUGAAAAGAGUAGAGAAGCUAACCACUGAAAACACACCACCUCGAGAAACAAAUAAUAUUUCCAACCACCGGGUGCUAAUUAAGCCAGAGACACAAAAUAACCAGAAAAACAAAGAAGUAAACAAAAGUGAAGAGAAGAAAGCUUUGGAAGCUGAAAAAUACGGAUUUCAGAAAGUUGGGCAAGACAAACCGUUAACAAAAAUUAACAGCGUAAAGCUAAAUCCUUUGGGGUCAGAAUACAGGACCUUGCCCACCAGCACCGUUCAGGCUGGGCACUUCAGGCCAGUCCACUUGAACGGGUCUGAGCAUAAAGCUCUUGGAGGGGUCCUGGCGGACGCGGGCGACGGAGGCCACCACAACGCAGCUCCCUCGCACGUGGAGUCGGAGCGAGUCAUGCAGAGAACCAACUCGAUGCUGCAGCUGGAACAGUGGAUUAAAAUACAGAGAGGAAAAGGGCAAGAGGAGGAAACCAGAGGGAUAAUCUCGUAUCAGACGUUGCCGAGGAACAUGCCGAGCCACCGCGCUCCGGUCGUGCCGCGGUACCCGGAGGGCUACCGGACGCUGCCCAGGAACAGCAAGGCGCGUCCCGAGAGUGUGUGCGGCGUGGCGGCGCCGGCGGCCUACGAGCGCGCCGUGGCGCCCGCCGAGGAGAAGCGCCGCUCCAUGCGCGACGACACGAUGUGGCAGCUCUACGAGUGGCAGCAGCGCCAGUUUUACAAUAAGCAAACGACUCUUACGAGACACAGUACGUUAAGUAGUCCCAAAACUAUGAUUAAUAUUUCUGACCAAGCUAUGCAUUCGAUUCCCACCUCACCUUCUCAUGGUUCAAUAGCUGGUUUCCAAGGAUAUUCCCCACAGCGGACCUAUAGAUCGGAAGUGUCUUCGCCAGUGCAAAGGGGAGAUGUAACUAUUGAUCGCAGGCAUAGGACGCAUCAUGCUAAGCAUGUCUUUGUGCCUGACAGAAGGUCAAUGCCAGCAGCUCUGAGUUUGCAGCCUAUUACUCCUCAGAGCCUCCAAGGCAAAACAUUAACACAAGAGGAAUGUAGGGGUACACUGUACAAAUAUAGAACUGAAGAGCUGGAUAUUGAUGCUAAGCUUAGCCGCUUAUGCGAACAAGAUAAAGUUGUACAAGCACUCGACGAGAAGCUUCAACAGCUACACAAGGAGAAAUACACGCUUGAACAAGCUUUGCUAUCAGCAAGUCAGGAGAUAGAAAUGAAUGCAGAUAACCCAGCAGCCAUACAAAAUGUAGUCUUACAGAGAGAUGACUUGCAGAAUGGACUACUUAGCACCUGUCGAGAAGUAUCUCGCGCUACUGCAGAACUCGAAAGAGCUUGGAGGGAAUAUGAUAAAUUAGAGUAUGAUGUAACAGUAACGAGGAACCACAUGCAGGAGCAGCUUGAUCGACUCGGAGAAAUUCAGACUGAGUCAGCAGGGAUACAGCGUGCUCAACUUCAGAAGGAACUGUGGAGAAUUCAGGAUGUCAUGGAGGGUUUGAGUAAACAUAAACAACAAAGAAGCUCUUCAGAAGCAGGAAUGAUUGGAUCAAGGACCUUUUCAGCUAUUAAGUAUAAAAAUGAGGGUCCUGAUUAUAGACUUUAUAAGAGUGAACCAGAGCUAACUACAGUAGCAGAAGUGGAUGAGUCUAAUGGUGAAGAAAAGGUGGAACAAAUUUCAGAAUCAGAAUCCACAGCUAAAGGCUCACAUUUUCCUGUGGGAGUUGUACCGCCUCGAACCAAAUCUCCAACUCCAGAAUCUUCCACAAUAGCUUCUUAUGUCACUUUAAGGAAGAACAAGAAGAUAGAUUUAAGAACGGAGAGACCAAGAAGUGCAGUGGAGCAGUUGUGUCUUGCAGAAAGUACUCGGCCUCGAAUGACUGUGGAGGAACAGAUGGAAAGAAUAAAAAGGCACCAACAAGCUUGCCUAAGAGAGAAGAGAAAAGGACCAAAUCUUAUUGGUGUUUCAGAGCAAUCUCCUUCACUGAGCUUCUCUUUUGCCAGAGAUAAUCCUUUUAAGUUGACACAGAGUCGAAAAAAGGAUGAUGCUGUACCUGGUAACCUAGAGAGUGCCAUUAAAGAUAAUUUGAAACAAAAUAAUGAAAGUCCGGGAGAAGAAAUAGCACAACUAAAAGAUGAUGGAGCACAAGAAUAUAAUUCAGAUUUUACUACAGAGCUGACAAAAACUGAAGAUCUUUUAUCAGAUGCAUAUGUUGUCUCUGACUCAAAAGAAGUGAAUAAUGAAGAGAAAGUAGAAAAGGAAAAGAAAAAUAAAUCGGAAGAAACACAUGAUGGUGAUAUAAGCUUGCAGAAUGUGACCACAGUUGCAAACCACAAACCUAAAACCCGUUCUGAAGAAAGUGAAAUAGUCAGCAUUCGAGAACAAGAAGGGCUUAUUUCUUCAUUUGAAUUAGCAGCACAGUCUUCAAAAGGAAACCAGACAGCAGCAGUGAAAAGUUUGCCUUCUUCACCAGAAUCGUCACUGUCACCAGCUCCAUCUGCACAACCACAGCUCACAGAAGGAUCACAUUUCAUGUGUGUAUAGUUACAGAGAACACUAACGGCUUCUGUUGAAACAAUUCAUGCCUGAGAUGUAUGGACCUGACCUAUGGAAAUGUGAGAAGAUAUUGUACAGUAUAUUUUAAAUCUAUGAAAUUCAUAGUUCUGAUGCUUUUGGCCACAGAGCAUCAUUUUAUCACUUCCUGGAAAAUGUUUAUUCCAAGAGAGCUUUAACUGGCCCAUAUGUACACUCAACAACCUUCAGAUUGUUCUCCUGAUACCAGCUUGCUGCUAUGAUUUCUGUGCACAUAAAAUAAAGGUUCUUUUUAAUGUGCAGCCUACAGUCAGAACUUUAUUUGAUAUUUUCUGGAAUUUCCUGUUCUUUUAAUUAGGGAUCAUACGAAUUUGCUUUUUGCUUCCUUUAGAUGCAUAACAAAUCAGUUAAUUUUACAUAUCACCACUAAACCUUGUUUUACACUUUUUAACACUACGAUGUAUUGUUUUAACAUUUAUUUGUAAAAAUUUUUAUAUAUAUAAAUAUAUAUGAACAUAUAGAUAUAUUUAAAAUGUGCCAUUUUUAUUAUUGCUUGGUAAAGUAUGUCCCGUUUCUGCUGUAACUUUCCCUUGGUCAGGUUGCAAUGUCAGCGGUUACUGCCACAUUUCUAUCAACAUUCACAUUAAUGUUAGUGCUUUU